AUGGAAAAUAAAGAAAUUCUCAAGGAAGACGAGUUCUUGGCUAAUACCGGAGAAAGAGAAGCCAUCGACCACGCCAUGUUCCCUGCAAUGGAGACCUUUGAAAUCAAUGAUCACAAGUCAAGGAAGAGAAAGGCGGUGAACUGCUCCACGGUCAUAGUGGUCAUCUAUCUGAUUCUCCUUACCACAGGUGCCGGGUUGCUGGUGGUGAAAGUUCUGAAUCUGCAGGAGCGGCUCUGGGCCCUGGAGAUUCACUUCACCAAUGGAACGCUGGCCACAGAGGACAGCCCGUCCUUCUCUUUGCUCCAGUCAAUGCCCGUCCCGCCUCUCCUGGGACUGCAAGUCCUGCAGGCCCAGAUCACCCAGGUCCGCACCAGACAGGAGCACCUGCUGCAGAAGGUGGACAACUUCACUCAGAGCCCAGAGCUGUUCCAGAUCAAAGGAGAACGAGGCGCUCCAGGCCCCCCGGGACUCCAAGGUCCGCCUGGAAUCAAGGGAGAGGCAGGCCUCCAAGGACCCAUUGGUGCUCCAGGCAAACAAGGAGCCCCUGGCACCCCAGGACGGCAAGGAGAGAAGGGCAGCAAAGGCGACGGGGGACUUGUUGGCCCGAAGGGGGAACCCGGGGCUAAGGGAGACAAAGGAGACCUGGGCCUCCCAGGAAGCAAAGGCGACGUGGGCAUGAAAGGAGACGCAGGGGCCAUGGGACCCCCUGGAGCCCAGGGGAGCAAAGGUGACUCAGGGAAGCCAGGUCCCCCAGGUGUGGCUGGAUCUCCCGGAAUGAAAGGAGACCAAGGGCAACCUGGAGCGAAGGGUGUUCCCGGUUCUCCGGGCACGGUGGGACCCCCAGGUGCCAAGGGUGAGCCUGGCAGCGCUGGCCCCCCCGGGCUCACAGGACCAUCAGGGACACCCGGGAGACCAGGAGCCGACGGCAUGAAGGGAAGCAAGGGGGACCCAGGACUUCAAGGACAGAAAGGAACAAAAGGAGAAUCAGGAUUUCCAGGCCCUGCAGGCAUGAAGGGCGACAAAGGAAACCCGGGCCUCGUAGGCCUCACUGGUGCACCCGGACUGAAAGGCCAAAAGGGAGACCCAGGAGUGAAAGGAUCCUCUGGACAGCAAGGGAUACAGGGACAAAAAGGUCAAAAAGGUGAAUCCCUAGUGUCCGUCAGGAUUAUUGGCUCUAGAAACCGAGGCCGGGCUGAAGUUUACUAUAACGGUGCCUGGGGGACCAUCUGCGAUGAUGACUGGGACAAUUCAGAUGCCACUGUCUUCUGCCGCAUGCUGGGCUUCUCCAGGGGAAGGGCCCUUGUCAACAUGACACCUGGCACUGGGGAUAUCUGGCUGGAUAACGUCGCCUGUCAAGGGACAGAGGGAACCCUGUGGAGUUGCAGCAAGAAUAGCUGGGGCUCUCACAACUGCAACCACAGUGAGGAUGCGGGUGUGGAAUGCAGCUGACCCCUCACAGCCCCUCCACUGCUCUGCUCCCAAAGUGUCUGCAGGCAGGGACACUCAACUCACCUGGGGCAGGGCCGCUGCUCUCUGGGGGCUCACUCUGGGGUGGGGUCACUAAUAAAGCUCAAAGCGCUACCUGGU